GAUUGUAUUAAUCCGUAGCGUCUAAAUGAGCGUAUCUUAGAAGUUCUCUUCCUUGUUCGGUUUGGUUUUUCAUGUAUGGCUAGUUGCCACCGCGAACCUAGUAAAGAUCAUCAGUAGCAUGGACUGGUAGUUUUGGCGAUCAAUUGAAACUGAACCCCCAAAAUUUCACAUCGAAACCCUAACAUCAACGUCCAUAAUUUAAUCUGAAGUUUUUUCCAAUUAAGACAUCGAAGAUUUGAAAGAAAUGAGAUUCUUGAGUUUCCGUCCCUAGGAUUCUUCGGGAACCAAAAGGCGAAUAAAAAGCUGUGCUGAUUAUUUACUGAAAGAUCAGUGUUUUUCUAGCAACGGUUCUAGACUUGCACAAUGUUGUUGGGGCACGCAGAGGGUCUAUCAGAGCCUGGAUCAUCAAAGGAUUACCUACUUUGUGAUCCUGAACCCGAGUUUGAUGAUGGUGAUGAUGGAUUUAUUUCUGAAGAGAUAUUAUACACAGCUUCCUUCGACGAACUUGGUGACAAUACUUUGAAGUAUGACACUGUUAUAUGGGUUUCCAUAUCAUUGUUGCUGGUUUUGGCUUGGGGGGUCGGUAUCCUUAUGUUGCUAUAUUUGCCCGUUAGACGCUAUGUGCUUCAGAAGGAGAUUUCUUCUCGCAAACUCCAUGUUACACCCAAUGAAAUAGUUUACAAGGUUGCAAGGCCUUCAUUCGUACCCUUUUGGGGAGUAACAGCAAUUGAGAGGCGUGUUCCACUGUCCAUGGUGAUUGAUAUCAUCAUUGAACAAGGUUGCUUACAGUCAGUUUAUGGGAUUCAUACAUUUAGAGUUGAAAGUAUAGCAAGUGGAAAAGCUGCACCAGUAGAUGAACUACAAGUUCAAGGUGUUGUUAACCCUGCACUUCUAAGGAAGGUCAUAAUAACCGAAGCUGCAAAGAAUAUGCAAGAUGUUGGAAAAGGCUGCAAAUCUGGUACUUAUGCAGGGGAAGGGGAGAGUAUGUCUAGAACAGUAUCAUCGAGUGAGGGACCAACUGCUUUUAAAUCACCAACCAAAAGUUGGAAGAUGACAGCUUCUCCACGCUAUGCAUUUAUGGAGCCUAGGACUGCAGUACCUAGUGAAGUGGUGCUAAAUAAGCUUGAAGAACUCAGUAAAUCAGUAAAGAAAAUUGAGUCGCUCAUUGAGAAGUCCCAGACUGCCCCAGAAAGCAGCCAGAAUUAAGUCAAUAUGCAAGGUUUUUCCAGACUCCAAUCGCCAAGGUAGAAGUCAGUCUCUCUGGGUACCGAAGUAGCCAGAGAAGAAGUUUUGUGGAACCCUGUGGGGAAAAUUGCAUGAGCCAGCUAGCAAUUUGAAGGGCUGCUUCAUGGGUUCUCGUAUAGAAUACAGCUCGGAUUUUGGUUUCGUAUAAAAUUGGAACUUCCGGUGUUGAUUGGCUUUUCAUUGUUGGGACAGUUUCUCAUAUGUAUUCUUCUUACAGGUUUGAUAUUGUAGAGACUUCCACCAUAUGGAUUUCAUACAUUUGUUUGUAUAAAGUUGAGUGCUCAUUUUUUUGUUA